AUGUUUGGGAGGUCAUUGGUCGGAACCCAAAUACCAUUUUAUAAUGUGGUCAACUAUGGUGCUCGUGGCGAUGGAAAAUCUGAUGAUUCCCAAGCCUUUUUAAGUGCAUGGAAAGACACAUGUGGAUCAGAAGGCAUACCAACUCUAAUUAUACCAAGAAAUGGAGUAUUCAAGGUGAAGAACAUAAACCUGAGUGGUCCUUGCAGGGCCACAAAAAUUCAUAUUAAGGUUAUUAGUUUUGAACAAUGCAAUGGUCUUAGAGUUCAUUACCUGAGCAUAAUUGAUAGUCCACGAGCUCACGUAACAGUAGAUGGUUGUAACAAUGCUUUCUUCUCUCAUAUCUAUAUUCGUGCUCCUGCUGACAGCCCCAACACUGAUGGCUUUGACAUUUCUGCUUCAAAAUAUAUAACCAUCAAGGAUUCCAUUGUAGCAACUGGUGAUGAUUGUAUUGCCAUCAAUGGUGGCUCCUCCUUCAUCAAUGCUACUGGAAUUGCAUGUGGACCAGGCCAUGGAAUAAGUGUUGGCAGCUUGGGAAGAAACGGGGAGGUUGAUACAGUUGAAGAAGUUUAUGUGAGCAAUUGCAGCUUCACAAACACCCAAAAUGGAGCAAGAAUCAAGACAUGGCAGGGUGGAUCAGGUUUUGCAAGGAAAAUCAUAUUUGAAAAAAUCACAUUAAGAAAUUGUUUCAACCCUAUAAUUAUAAACCAGAACUAUGAAUACGAUGGUUUGGAGGAUAGCGUAGUGAAAGUGAGUGAUGUGACAUUCAGAGGGUUUAAAGGAACAAGUGGAGAUGACAGAACUAUCGACAUGAGUUGUGCCUCAUCAGGUUGUUUCAACAUUGUGUUGGAAGACAUUAACAUUGUCUCUUCUGAACCAGGAAAACCAGCUUCUUGUUCUUGCAAUAAUGCCCAUGGAAUAACUGCAUCUACCACUCCAAAUUGUGAUUGCUUGUUGAAAUGA